CUAUUCCUCCCACUGACACCAAUGAUAGGGUACUUUUUUGACACCAAUGAGGGGGCACUUUUCCUCCCACUGACACCAAUGAGGGGGCACUUUUCCUCCCACUGACACCAAUGAUGGGGCACUAUUUCACUGACACCAAUGAUGGGGCACUAUGCCUCUGGGCCUCCCACUGACACCAAUGGCAGGGCACUAUUCCUCCCACUGACACAAUUAUGGGACACUAUUCCUCCCACUGACACCAAUGAUGGGGUACGAUUCCUCCCAGUGAUACCAAUGAUGGGGCACUAUUCCUCACACACUGACACUAAUGAUGGGGCACCAUCAUUGGUGUCUGUGGGAGGAAUAGUGCCCCAUCAUUGGUGUCAGUGGGAGGAAUCGUGCCCCAUCAUUGGUGUCAGUGUGAAGAAUAUGGGAGGAAUAGCGCUCCAUCUGUGUCAGUGGGCGGAGCUC